GUAAUUCCUCUGGACAGCUGUCUGGUGUCCGGUGUGAACUGGGUCAGGGGGUGCUGAUCCAUAGAACCCACCAACCACCAUUGACCACCUCAGCAGAGGGCAAGGAUUGAAUGGGCCAUGGAGACUGAGAGAGAAGCCUGAACUAGGCAGCCCGGAUUCCCAGCUUCUCUUUAUGUCCUGAGGAGGGUGUGUGUUUUAAUAGUUGGAACUGGGAGCCUGAUCUCCUGGGUUCCAUUCCCAGCUCCGCCACUGACUUGCUGCGUGACCUUGGCCAAGUCCAUUCACCCCAUGGCCCCCUACUGCUGGGCUGGCUGAGGUGUGACCUGGAGGGGUCAGCGGAGGGGAGCUGUUCCCUCUUGCUGAGACUCAUGGGUGCAGGGGAAGACUCCUGCCUUGUUUAAAUAUUAAACCAGUGCAGUCUUGGAGGAGGCGGGGACACCAGCUUCACCUGCCACUUCACGCUGUACCUUGCACCGUCGCCACAGCCAUGAAGCAAAAGCAAGGUAAGGAGCUGAGGCUUAUGGCUGGGGUGGGAAGCAGCAGGGGGAGAAGGGGGUUGAUUCUGAGGAACCUGCCCACCACCCCCCGCACCUCCCAACACACAACCAAGGACCUGUGGCUUUCUUCACAGACCUCUGGUGGGGGUGGGUGGCUGCAAGGAUUCUUGGGGGUCCUGGUGACAUCCGGAGAGACAGAUGACUCAUCAUUUGGGGGUUCUAGGUAGCCCCCCCAGUUCCAUGGGAUUGUGGGUUCUCUAGGGCUGGCUCUCUCGGGCUGGUAUUUUGGGGGCUUAGGGCAUUUUCCCUGAGGAAUUACUCUCUGCCCUUGUCCCUAAACCCCAUUGCCCUCUUGUCCUGCCUCCCGCAAAGGCCCAGACCUGACCCCUACUGACCCUGAGAACAGUGUGUCCCUGGCUAUGAGCACCACAGCUCAGGCCUUGUUUCAUUCCUUCCUUGCUUCCCGGCCAGCUUCCUGCAGCAGCAGGCCAGGGUGGGCGGGGUAGUAAGUACCCAGUUAAGUGGAGGUGAAGGCUGUGAGAUGCGUUCUGCUGCUCAGAAAUGCAGAGGUAAGUGCCACUGGCUAGAACAGGUCCAGACUGCACCCCCAGAGCUGCCUCCCUGCUGGUUGGACUCCUUGCACUGAGCCUCAGUUAGCCAGGGAGCAAUGGCAGCACUUCAGCUAUUUCUUGGGGCGGGAUCAGCGGGUCAAAUUCCAGUCACUGACAGCCCCUCCACCUGCAGAUGCUCCAGAUCUCCUGUAUCCCCUCUCUUCCCCACACAGUGCGUGAGCCAGGGCUGCCAGAAGUCACGUUCUUGGCAGGCUCCCCUCUGCUAUGCCAUACGGGAACAGAGGAGUAAUAUCUGAUGCUACAGGGGAAGGCCGUACAGCACCCUCUGCCCCUCUAUCUGGACAAUCUGGUUGGAGGGGUGGCCCAGUCAAAUUUCAGUGACGUUGAGAUGUCACAAUUGGAGCAAUGCUGACUAAGUUGAGAGGAACGCUGCUUAACCCCCUCUCCCCCGCUGGCUCCAUGGCCUAUGCAACUUUGAGCAAAUACAAAAACCUUGCAAGAGGUGGGAGGGAAGUGUUCACACAUGCCCCUGACUCCCUUCCCCCCGCCAUCUCCUGCGCGCACAGCUGGCUCCACAGCAGAGAGCUGCUGCUUAGGAGGCUGUGGUCCUCCAAAAUGCAUCUGAUUCAUUGAUCCCAACUUAGGGUUCCUGCUCCCCCCAUCCCCAUUUCACCUGGUGCUUGUGCCUCCCCAGGGCAUCCACAUCACACGAGCAAGAAGCAGGCAGGAGGGUGCACAAGGACAAGGCUCCCUCCCUUCCUGACAAGCCCAGGAACUGGCGUCCACCUGAAAUGGGCGCUGGGUCCAGCCUGUGGGAAAGGAGGCACCUGAGCUGUGUUUGUGCCCAUCUAAUCUGGGCUCUGCUUACAGCCCCUGGAAGGGGACUAGCCAUAAGAGGCUGAGUUGGUGUCCCUGUGGGGCCCUUCCUUGGUGAGUGCAUGGCAGUGUCUUGGGGCAUGUGCUGGAGCAGGGUCUGCUAGCCCCAGGCAGGGGGUGGGCAUGUGAAUGCAGCCCAGGCGAGGGAAAUGUCAUGGCUACUAGAGAGACCGUCUGACCUCAGAGCCUUUUCUUCUGCAGGACUUGAGGAUACCAAGGAGCUAACCCUGAAAUUUGAAUUCAACCCCAAAGAUGGGAUUGAUAACCCAGCCCUGUCACUGGCAGAGGACUCCGAUACAGAAGGUGCAGAGAAGCCACGGUUCUACCUGCUCACCAAGGGCAAUGGGGAGAGCUUUGGGUUCUGCCUAUGUGAGGAGGUGGGGUACAAGGGGCACAUCAUCCGGCAGGUUGUGUGCGGGGGGAUGGCCCAGCGCAGGGGCCUGCAGGAUGGGGACCGGAUCCUGGAGGUGAAUGGUGAAUAUGUGGACAACAUGGAGCACUUCAGGGUGGUGCAGAAGAUCAAGGCCAGUGGUAACCAGGUGGCUAUUGCAGUCCUGGAUGGCAAUGCCUACGAAGUCGCAAAAGCCCUCGACAAGAACCUGGCAGAGCUGCUGCCAGGCCACACCAGGCCACGGCUCUGCCACGUCGUGAAGGACAAAAGUGGCUUCGGCUUCAGUGUUUCAGCUCCAGAAGGUGUGAAGGGCACGUUCUGGCUGUCCGUCACGAGCGACAGCCCAGCGGAUAAAGCAGGUGUCCCUUCUGACUCCUGGCUGCUCGAGCUCAAUGGGACCAGCGUUAGGAACUACACGUACGCACGGCUCACCAGGAAGCUCAAGCAGAGUGGCAGCAAAGUGACCCUGCUGGUGAUAGAUGCCAAGUCGGAGGAGUUCUACCGGCUGCAGGGUGUCAGGGUCAUAGCUGCCAUGGCCGAUGCCACCACGCUGCCCUUCAAGGCCAGGAAGCUGCACAUGGUGAAAGGUCCAGACGGCUACGGGUUCCUGCUGAAGGAAGAGAAGUGCAGUUCAGGGAUGAUGGGCCAGUUCCUGACUGAGGUGGAUACUGGGCUGCCAGCUGACAGGGCGGGGAUGAGGGAUGGAGACCGGCUCCUGGCUGUGAACGGUGAGGGCGUGGAGGGGCUAUGCCACCAGGAGGUGGUGGACAUGAUCCGUGCCGGCAGCAACCAGGUGACAUUGCUGGUCAUCGAUCUGGAUGGAGACAAAUUCUACAGCUCGAUUGGGUUGUCCCCACUACUCUUCUCCGAAGAUGGGCACCCAUCAUCGGGCACUCACACCACCCCAGGAUCCCAUCCCAGCAUGCCUCAGGGAAAUGGGGCACCUGACGGCACUCCCCGCCUCUGCCACCUUGACAUAGGGUCAGAAGGGUACGGAUUCCAGCUUCAGACUGUUGCUGACAAGCCAGGGGUCUUCAUCACGCAGGUGGCCGCGGGCAGCAGUGGGAAGCGAGCAGGCCUGAAGGAGGGGGACGUGAUUAUUGAGGUCAAUGGGAGGAACGUGGAGCAGGCGAGCUAUGAAGAGGUGCUGGGGAGGAUAAAGGAGAGUGGCCAGAAGCUGACGUUGCUGGUGGUGGAGCAGGAGCAACUCAGGAGCUACGGGGAGAUGGACCUCACUGUCACAGCUGAUAUGGCAGAAGGCGGCGAUGCUGCUGCUGCCAGGGCCAAGGCCCUGCUGGGUUCUAGGCAGGGGCUGCGGUGUGAGGAAUGGAAGGGACUGAGCCAGUCAUUCUAGCCACUCUGUGCUGGACCCAGGGGCUCAGCGCAAUCCCAGCUCUGGAGCGGCUUCAAACCACUGCCCAGACCAACCCUGGAUACGCGAUUUUGCACGCACGAUAACUUGCACUUUGAUUCUUCCCCUGAUCUGAUUUCCUGGUGAGCCGCUGCACCAAUCAGCUGAUCUUGGGACUUUAAAGCUGCCAUUUCUCUUGAGAUUGGUCUCACAGAUUAAGGGCAGGCCCAGCAUGGGAGCAGGGACCAGAACAGGUGAGGUCAGUGAAACAAGGAGGCCCAGGGGCCUGCACCUCAGGGAAACCAAUUACACACCUGGCUGAGGCAUCACAUCAACUUUUUAUUAACAGACACAGUGGCACCAUGUGUAACUGAAGGACAAUUGUGUCUCUUCACCCCUUUUGCUGCUAGCACUGGCUCUGCCAAGGAGCUGUACCUGGGGGCGCUGCAACAAAGCAUGGAGGUUUGGAGACAGUAAAGCUGCUGCAUUGCAUCCUAA